AUGAAGGUGAAGGAGAUGUUCGGCAAAGUUCCGAAAUCGUCUGGCAGAACCUGGUUCGACCACCUCCAGGUUACAGAAGAAUUGUGGUCUGCGUGGACGGCACUUGGUUCAAUGAGGAUGGGCGCGAAGAUUGCGAAAUAUUUCCCCGGAAUUGGCACCAAUAAAAUGCCGCUGAACAGGUUCAACGACGGCAUAACUGGGAAAGGUUGCGAAGAGCAGAUCCAAGAGGUUUAUGCAUACUGCUGCCGAGAGGUUGUAUCCAACAAGGACGAAUUGUGGCUGUUCGGUUUCAGCCGUGGAGCAUUUGUCGUACGGGCCGUGGCCGUGCUUCUUAAUAGCACCAAACUACGAGAAGCUCCGAAUGCGAAGGAAAGUUCAAUUUGGAAGGCGAUCAAAAACAUAGGAACCAGUCGUCGAAGGACUGGAUUAGUUGAGCAGGAGUUCCGGUGGCACCGCGAAAACACACGAGACCCCCCAAAGAUCAAGUUCCUGGGCCUAUUCGACACUGUCAAGAUGACCUUUAGCAAAGACAUGAUCGACAUAUCCGACCUCAGCUUCACGAACCAGAUUCGACACGCCCUGGCCUUAAACGAGGAGCGAAAGAGCUUCCCUCUCGUUCCGGUUGAUUCAAUUGGCAACACAAAAGCUACGCACAACAGUCACCGCUGUAUUCAGGCAUGGUUCGUGGGCUCACAUGCAGAUAUGGGUGGAGGGGCUGAUCACGACGGCCUGUCACUGUACCCACUUCAGUGGAUGAUGAUCGAGAGCAUGGCUGAGGGUCUGUUCCUCGAGUAUGAUGUUCCAGAUUAUAUCAAGGGUUUGAUUGAUGAUCCUACGGAUCUUGUCUUUCCCAAGCCCCCGAAGCUUGCUGAUCUUGGAGCCAACGUCUUAGAGGCUGACGUCCCAGAGAGUUUCACCAAGACCGAACCUUGGACGUUUAGAUACUCAAGUGGCAUGGAGAUCACAAUGUAUGAUCUGCGGCAAUCGCAUAAUCAUUCAAAUUUGCGGCAGAUCCCAAGACGGGGACUCCAGAGACUUGUUGAUCCGAACGGCGAGCAGGAGGUUUGGUCUACGCAUGAAGUUCUUAUGAACAAGGGAUUCCGGGGCUUCGCUCUUGGAAGGAGGCAUGUGUUCGACACCCAGAUUCGCGGAUAUCUGAAGGGUUAUAGCGACAUUUCCCCUAACGGGACGGUGAUCCAUCCAUCGGUCUAUUUUUUGAUAGAUUGCUAUCCUACCCUCGGAAUACCCAAAGCUCUCGGUAGCUUGAUGGAUCAUUUGGAAUCGUUCCGCAGCUGCUUCAAGUUUGUCGACAACGUGGGGGCGAGCUGUGAGCCUUGGCGCCGGGACAUCUUAAUGUCCACGACGUGUAGAAUUCUGAUUUGCGGUAUCACUGGGGUUGGGAAGUCUACGCUCGUUAACCAUGUCUUUGGCAUAUCAAUGACCCAAGCAAAUUUCAAUCGAAGGGGUCAACAUGACAUUGAGGAAGCCUUUGAGUCGGAUUUACACCCGGGCAUUAUCAUUCACGACUCCGAAGGCUUGCGAUCAUACAACAACGAGGAUGUCCUAGAAUUCAAGAGAUUUCUCCAAAGGAGGACUGGUAACUCAGACAUUGCACAAAAUCUUCACGCGAUAUGGCUCUGUAUCGAAACGAACACACCCCGUCCAGUUCAAUAUGAGAUAGCAAAUGUGCUGCGAGAAGUCAUUGAAAUUUGCCCCUUGACACCAGUUGUGAUUGUAGGUACCAAAAAGGACGAGUAUCUUUCUCGUCAUCGGGGUGAGAUGCAGGAAACGGCGAUGCUUUCAGCCAGAGAAACCGUUCUCAGGCAGACUUUUGCCGAGAACCCAGAAACCUCCCCCUUUUGGCCGCAACUGAAGGUCAAGUUUGCAUUCGUAUCCAAAUAUGACCAAGACUCGAUCAAGGCAUUGAUCCAAAUGACAAUCGACGGUUUCAGCAGCCCUGUAGUAUCUGAGGCGAUGGUGGUCGCUCAGAGCCUGGAAGUUGAAACCAAAAUCGACCAAGCCAUUGAAAGGACGCUCAAGCUUCUUAGAGCAACCGUCACCGCUUCGGGCAUUGCUGUUGGGCCUAGGGUUAUCUCGGCUAUGACCACGCCCACUAUCUCACAGAUGCUCUGCCAGGAAAUCGCGCACGGGUCCUUUGGUAUCCCCAAAGCCAGCAUCGGUGAUAUAGACGCUGUGAUGACUGACGUUGUGUGGGGCAACCUAGCACCAUUCAUGGCUCUGAAUUUGAGCCAAUCCUUCAUCAUCUGGGGUGGUGCUGUUUGCAUUCACUAUACCACGGCUGUCGGAGGCAUUCCGCUUGCCCUUGGGGCUCCUCUUCUUGAAGCACCAGCGGCGGUGCGGAUGGUUCUUAAGUGCGCAUGUGAUCUAAUACUCAUCUUAGACCAGGCCUUCCGUCAGUGUGGUAGGGGAGUCACCAAGGACAGCAUCAGAGCAAUCGCUGCUGUGUAUGUGAACAGCAACAUAGGAAGCUUGACGAAUGUCAUCGAGGCAGAGAAGUCCCGGAAGAGGGCCGUACACUGUGCAGUCAACGAUCUCGUGCCCUGGGUUUCAAAUAAGUCUCUGGAAGUUCAAUCCAGGAAAACCUUGUGGAUAUACCGGGAAGGUGUCACACGAAUCAUUCGGGAUUACAAGUUUAGACCAGAUAUGACCUUUGAGGUUGAUUUGGGUGAUGAUAUCACGCUUGGAAGAAACAGCAUCUCGUUGCUCUCGUUGCAUAUAUCGGAGGACGAAGAAGACAUGAAGCAGUUCAAUGGGGAAGUUUUAGGGCUCGAGGAUGAUGGUCGUGGAAAGACCAGGCAAUCUGCGCAAGACGGGCUUUUGCAGCAUCGACGCCCUUUCGUUUUGUAA